GUCUGCAUCGCACACACUGGGUGUAAAUACUAAUAAUGUGACUUAAUGCUAGAUCUAGGACAAUAUCUAGACCAGUUACCAGAUGGAUGUAAACAAGCAAUGAUGCAAAAUUAUUGCUAACAUUGAAAUAUACUAAAAUGGAGAGCAGUGAAGUGGUCAGUGAUUCAGAAUUAGAGUUUGGGUGUCCCUCAACUGAUUCAUCUGAUGAAGACCUGCCAGCUGAGCUUGUUAGCCCUGGAGUGCGAGUUGCCCAAUUUUGUAAUAAACUAAGGGAACAGACAAGGCCGCUUUUAAGCUUAAGUCAAGGGGUACCAUCUCCUACAAAACAGCUCAGAGAUGGCAAUAACGAUAAGCUUAAAGAAUCUAAAGCCAAAAAGAGGCUAUUUAGAGGUAGGCAAGAACCACCAAAUGGCCUAAUUGAGCGCAGGUAUGGUUAUAUACCAAACCCCAGAUGGCCUAAAGCACCAAACUCUUACUCCAAACCCUAUGAGCCCAAGGGAGUAGACAGUAUGGACUCUGAAAGGAUACCUGGUGUUGUGUUCAGGGAUAAACAGAAAUCUAAGUUUAAUGAGAGUGACAUUAACCACUCGUAUCAUGAACAUGAUUUUCCACAGCUAAAUAUUAUCAAGUCUACAGCAAGACCAGAUAUCUCAGCAUGCAGCAAUUCUUCUGUGAUAGAAAUAUCAGAAGAUGCAUCAAUAGACCACCCAAAACAACAAGGUCCAAACUCACAACUGUAUGAUGUUUAUUCACCUAAAACUUCUACACCAAUCAGAGAAGCCCAUAAUCAUUCAAAUACACCUUGCUCUGUCCCUCGUGCAGGCGAUGCAUCAGCUUUUGUGUCGCACUCUCAAAACAGUUUUCCUGACUGCAGAACAUCUAAACAUCAGCAUAAUGCAGACUUAAAUUCUUCCAAUAAUAAAGGGCUCAAGCCGUUACCUCCUAGUCCUCUUACUGAACAUUCUGUUUCUAGCUCUGAUUCUAGUCAAAAUAAUAGUCACUACACUUCAAAACAUGACAGUUCAGCCUCCUUUCAAACAACUCAGGCUAACAGUUCUGCUGAAAAGUUUUUGUCAAACUCCAAUGGUGAGCCUGUGUGGCCAAGAAUUGAAAGUGAAAGAAAAAAAGUGACACAUUUAUUCUCACAGUGUGAUAUUCACCAUAAUCAAAACUGGCCUGUUAAGCACAAUUUCACACAAGAUGCACCUAAUUCUGUAGACAAGUUUUCACAGGUUAAAAGAGUCUCAUUAGACUCCAGACAUCAAAAUGUGGAAAAUAAAAACCAUAAAUAUCAGCCAGCUUCAGAAGUAAAUCUUAAUGGAAAUAGUCAAAAUUCUUUUUCAACAUCUAAACCGAAAUUCAUUUCAAGCAGUUCAUCAUGGUCAGAUGUUGCCAGAAUUUCUCCAAGUUCAGGCCUACAGACUUCUCCUGUUAAUGCUGGUGGUUGUACCACCAAACCUCCAUCAGCUGACAAACAGGAUGCCUACAUAGAAGGGAAAGACAAGGCACAAUGUAAUAAAGGCUCACACGGAAAAGGAUCCAAAGGAAAACAUAGAAAAGCAAAAACUUCAGAAUGGCCAAAUAAAACCCAACCAACUCUAUCAAACAGAAGUGCUCACACACUGACUCUUGAAAGCUUCAUGACUCCACAAAGAAAUUCAACAAAAAAAAGUGGACUAGCCAAUGGGAGGAAAGCUAUUCAAAUGCUGGAGAAUCGUUUUGUUGAACAGAUAGAAGCUAAUGCUACAUCCCCACCAAAGAAAGUUAAACCUUCUCCUAUAAAGAGGUUAAGUUUUUCUAAAGAUGAGCUAAGUGGCAAACAACAUGAGAUGUGUAAUUCUGGAGAUGCAAGAAAUGUGUUACUCUCAAAUGAUAGUAAAGAGUUGACCAUUGCUAAAAACAAUACAGUUAACUUAGUUGAUAGCUCCACAGUAAAAGCUGAAAGCAAAGUAAAUAAUAUUCAUCAUAGAUCAUCACAUCAAACAUCUAAACGUGCACCUGUUCUUUCUUUGGAAUCCCUUUUAAAAAAGGCUGUGACAGAAAAGGAUAUAUUUGAGGAUGAAAAUGAAGAUGAGGAUGAAUACACAAGUAAUAGAACCAAUGAAGAGGCAGAGAAAUUUUGGAAGGUGAAUCCAAUAUCUGAUGGUUCUGCGCCAACAAUUAGAUCUGAAAAACAGAUAACUAUCCCAGUAGAAUCUGAUGAAGAAGAUGAGACUGUGGACAUCUUAUUAAACUCUUGCGUGAAAGUUACAAAGAGUGAAAAACAAUGUGUUGUUGAGCAUGGCACAGCUGCUGAUCCACUAAAAAUUACACAUAAAAAGAUGUUAAAGAAAUAUGCCAGAAGAUACUGUCAUUACAUUGAAGAACACCAAGUUCCUAACCUGGCUGUAGAACUAUACUUUAUCACUCAGCUGUUGACUUGUGCUAGUGUGGAUAGUGAAGUACUACACAUUGUAGAAAGUCAUAUAGGAAAAACAUAUUUUGAUUCCAUUCACAAUGGUGUUUACUUUGCUGUCACAGUUAUCAAAAGAUUAAAACGAAUAUUUUUAUCUCUUGAUGGAACGUUCUUGCAGCUUCUUGCCUCCAAUGAGAGGAUCCAAGCUUUUUCACCUAAAUUACAUAAUUAUUUCCAAAAAGCUUCAGAAAACCGGAAUAAGGAGUCAACUGUGAAGCUUCAUAUUGAACAUAAAGCAUUUAACCCUCAAGAAGAUGGCAAUUUCAGCUUUCCAGAUGCAAACUUUGCACAUGUUUUCAAAUGUCAAAGAGAUAAUUUUUAUGCUUUCUACCGGCAUUACCAUGACACAAGCAGUAUUUAUGAGUUCAAGAUUGAGAAUCAAAUCCAGUAUGUCUAUGACGGGUGCACCCCAGAGCAGAACUCACUGGUCAACCUCUUUCAUCUUGCUAAAUUGUACCUGGACCAUAUGAUUUUGUGUUGUGUAAAGAAUGGAGGAGAAAAGGUUGACAUUAUAAAAAUGAUCCAGAGCAAGGCAGAGAAUGAAAAGUUAUUUCAGACGUUGUAUAAUGCAUUUCUUGAGACUUCAAAUGCCAGCAGUGGGAAUGCUUGUCCAGCACCUGGUUUUACAGAUACCCAAAUGUUUUUCAAAGAUUUUAUUGAGACUCUUAGCUGUCCUGCUUUCAAUGAACAUUUAAAAAAUCUAGUGGUCUAUAAAAUUUUAGAGUUAAAUGCAAUGGAUUUUAGCUGUGUCACAAAUCUGCAUUCUUCAGCUAUUAUUGAUAGCGAUAUGCCCUUACGCUCUCAGAAUUUCUCCGAAACAGUUUUAACCCUUUGUGUUUUAGGAAAACUCUUGGGUUACCUAACAUUUGCAUCUUACAAUAGUGGAACUCUGAACAUUCCUCAAGAACAGUCAUUCAUCUUGCUACGCAUGAGAGAAAUGGUCCCUCUGCCAGUACCUUUUCCAUUAUUGUUAAAAUGUGCAUUUGAAAAUGGACAUCUUUCCUUGAGUAUUCCAUGGAUGGUGGAGUAUUUGUCAAUGAUGGACUAUAUGGCGCCUCAACUCACUGUGUAUAAAUCAUUGCUGAAAAAGAUGCAUUUUGUUCAGAGGUAUGCAUGGCAACACCUGUACAAAGCUGGCCAUCAAAAUACAGGUCUAUUGAUCGUAUCUUGUAUUAGCUGGCUCUUUGAGUCUCCAUCAGUACCUGCUGGAUUUUUCUUCUCCCUGGAAUCUACAGAUGUAGAGUUGGCCAACUGGCAUCAUUGCACGAAGAAAUUCCAAAUUGAUCAGCAGAAACUUGUAUCCCAGAGUUUAUUGUCAUCAUGUUGUCCCUAUUUAGAGCAAGGCAAAGUUUUGCUAACCCAAUUUGCCCUGAAGCAAAGCCCAACAACAACAGUGCGUAGUGUUCUGCCCUUAACACCCCUAGCUGAAGUCAGUAAGGCCCCAGUUACCAAGGCAACCUUAAAUAUCUCUCAAAUUGAAGAGUGGUUAGGAUCUUCUUUGGUUAUCAGUGCUGAUCCUUCCAGUGUUACAGACUUAUCUAAGCCUGGUAGUGUUAUUGAUGAUGAAAUAGUUCCUGCGUAUGUACUCACUCACUUGUUGGCUAGUAAAGAUGCAGAUGACCUGGAGGAUUUGGAGGCAAAUUUGAUGCAAAACAAUCCAUAUUGGAAGUCUUGUAUAAACACAACCAUUGACCUAAUGACAGCCAAGCUGGCAGAAUACACUCACAGAAUGAUCUUACGACUGCUGCUGUUCAAGGCUAAAUCUGAGAUCAGAAUGCAGUUUAUUGGAGUUGCUCAAGGUGUUAAUGCUGAUGUUGUAAAGAGUAAUAUUGUAGCUCAGUCCAAUAUUAUUGCAAAUAGUUUUGCUGAAAAUGCAAGGACAAGCUUCUAUGAAAUGGUUGAAAAUUGUUGCACUAAAGAAAUACCAGCACUAAUCAACUUUUUGAUGUAUGGAUUAGAAGAAGAAAUUCGGGAAACUAUUGUUCACCUCUGUGAAAAGAUGCUUUUGAAAAGAAUGCAAGAGUGGUCCAAAGUGCAAUUAACACCUGUGCUCUUUCAAAGAGUGAUUGUCCGUGAAGCUGAGAAGUGUGCAAGAAGCAAUCCAAAAAACCUGACCUUGUAUCCUAGUGAUUACUCAAAAAAAGUGGAAGAGCUCUCCUCUUCUAGUCUUGAUACAGCCUUUGUUGAGUGUGAACAGCUGUCUGAGCUUAUUGAUAAGGCAUUGUCUUAUGGAGUUUGGUAUAUUAAUGCACUGACACCUGGCACUAGGCCUGAUGAUUCGCAUAUGAUACAUCUCAUCCAGGACUUCACUGCCUGUGUGGAGGAAAGAAUGAUAACAAUGGAUUUCGCCUUUUAUGUGAUGUCCAACUUUUUAAUGAACUUAAUCAUUCAAUACAUUGUGGAUGCACCUCAGAACUGGACAGACAGUGCAGCUGAGGCAUUCAUCCAACUCUGUCAUCUGUGUAAAAACAAGAAGCAUGAAAAUGAUAAACUUAGCAUUAAACUGGCCGAGUUUGUCAGAAAAAAGAAGAGGAUGAAAAUCAAAGUCCUCAAUUUGAUGUCAGUACAUUCCAUUCAAUGGCUUACCAAAAGUGAUGCCCAGAAUGAAACAUUAAUGGCCUACACUAAACUACUGGUACUGUUGGUAAAAUCAGAACUACUUCAUGUGGAGACAGUCUUUCAUAAACUUCUUCAUUCUAGAGACAACAAAAACCUUGAUCUUUCCACUAAACUAUUGGUCAACAAGGUCUUAGUUAAAGUUUUAGAGUUGCUGUGGAGUGCAGGAGACAGUCAGUCUAGUUUUACUCAGGACAGAAUUUUAAAGUUAGUGCAGGAGUUCCCCCUGCCAGAAAAUAGAGAAAGCUGGGACAAGGUUACAUCUGAUAUUGCUAGCCAGUUUAAGUCAACUUUUGGCCAGUUGGUAAAAUAAUGUAAUUAAGGUUUUAUUAUGUUGAUUGUUGUAUUAUUAACCAAAUGCAUUUAUGGAUAUCAUUCUGUAAUUUAGUCUGAUUACUAUGGUAGCAGUUUUUCUGGAAAGGAAGUUAUUGUCACCAUACUUUAAAAUGUAUUGUCUUAUGGAUCAAUGACAUGUUGACUUUUUUAGUUUCUCUAUAACCUUUUUAAAUCUACUGCUAUUUUCUGAUUUUAUUUACUGCUGAAUUCACCCUAACACAGGGGUCAAGAGUUUUAGUCAAUUUUUAAAAUAACAUACUAAUUCUAUUCAGAAAUUGUUUGAGGUGGUUGGUCAAAACUGAUAUAUUUUUAAUACAAAUAUAGAUUUUAAAAAGUAUAAUUUUUUUUUUACACAACUACAAUACUUUGUGAUAAUUACAACUGUUUUUGUAUUCAUGCUGUGAAAUAUUGAUCUGUUUGAAAACAUGUAAAAUAUAAAGUUUGAGAACAAAAAAACUUCAAUUUUAAUGUUUAUUUUUUUAGCAUAA